UCAAAGCUAACGUUUGACUAUUUCGACCACAACGCUUCUUAUUGAUUAUCAUUUGAUAAGUGAUCGGCUAAAUAAGCAGGUAGACAAUAUGUUUUCAUCUGUAGCCCUCAGGCAAUUAAAAAAAUCGCCAAUCUCAAUACUAAAGCAAACCAAGAAUUUUGCUUCAACAAUGGAGGGAUUUGAAACACUUAGCGUUACAGUACCAAAACCUUUUGUGUACCAAGUUGAGCUCAACAGACCAAAGAGACUGAACACGAUGAACCGUGCGAUGUGGUUUGAAAUUGGAAAAUGUUUUGACAACUUAGCAACAAGAGAUGACUGCCGGAGCAUUGUUUUGACAGGAUCGGGAAAAUUAUUUUCAGCUGGAAUUGAUCUACAAGAUAUGAUCGAACUGGGUGGACAGCUAGCAGAGCAAGAAGACAUUGCGCGGAAAUGCAAAAUCCUUGAGCAAAUGAUUAAAAACUACCAAGACUAUAUUUCCGCUCUAGAGCGGUGUCCAAAGCCAGUGAUCGCAGCCGUCCACAAUGCCUGCAUUGGCGGCGCCGUGGACCUGAUCGUCGCUGCUGACAUUCGAAUGUGUUCUUCAGAUGCAUGGUUCCAAGUGAAAGAAGCUGAAAUUGGGAUGGCUGCUGACGUUGGCACUCUCCAGAGGCUACCCAGGGUCAUUGGAAACCAGAGCCUUGUCAAUGAACUUUGCCUAACAUCCAGGAAGAUGGAACCGAUAGAAGCGAAAGACUGUGGUUUGGUUAGCAAAGUUUUUGACACAAGAGACAGUUUGGUAGCUGGUGCUCUUGAAUUGGCUGAGCAAAUUGCGAGCAAAAGUCCAGUGGCGGUGCAAUUGACGAAACGAACGCUGGUGCAUGCAAGGAACAACAACACCCAGGAUGGACUUGACUUUAUCCGAUACUGGAACAUGACCAUGCUGCAAAGCGAAGAUUUCAUCAAUGCAGCAAUGGCACAAGCUACCAAGAGCCCGCCUCCAACUUUUGCAAAGCUGUGAAUAUCUUUAGGCUCUUUUGGUGAUUGGUUAUUUGUUAAUUGUAUAAAAAUAAACAGUUGCAUUUGUAAGAUUUGAAA